AUGUCCGUCGCUUCGCCCACCGUGCUUCCUCGCAGCCCCAUAUUCCCGCGUCUGCUGCCAUUGCCGCCGCACCCGCACCCGAUCCCCGCGGCGCCGUCGAUGCAGCGCCGGGAGCGGUUCAUCAACUACCGCGACCUGUGGCGCGAGAUGGAGGAGCUGAGCGACGAGGAGAACGCGGUCGACGACCAGGCCCUCAAGAUCAAGAACAGGGGAUACAGUUUCCUUGUCCCUAUUGGCCGGACGUGGACGCAGCACGCGGAGAAGAACGAUGCGGAGGACACGUCUGGGGGCUCUGAGGGCACCGGACAUACCGGAGACAACAACUCAUUGACGGAUGAGGACGAGAACUCGACGGAGGAGGAGGAAGAAGAAGAGGAAGAGGAUCUCGACGCGGAUAUGGAAGACAUGGACCAGCCUGCUGAUGCCAGUGGCGAAAUGUACCCGGAAGAGCCCGAUUCAGAGGAGGGGUCUUUGUCAGAGGAGUAA